AAGCCGGGUAACUCUGUUAUAAAUAUACAUGUGCGAAUAAUAUAACAGAGAAUAGUAGUAAUUAGAAUUUUUGUUAGCUUUUCAUAAAUAGACAAUUCAGAAACCGAAAGAGUUAUGGAAGAAUAUGCCCGUGAACCAUGUCCCUAUAGAAUUGUUGACGAUUGCGGUGGAGCUUUUGCCAUGGGAUGCAUUGGAGGGGGUGUAUUUCAAGCGAUAAAAGGAUUUCGCAAUGCUCCAUCUGGAAUGAAUAGAAGACUGCUUGGUAGCUUAUCGGCAAUAAAAACUCGAUCACCCGUAAUAGCUGGUAAUUUUGCCGUCUGGGGUGGUAUGUUCAGCACAAUUGAUUGUACACUAGUGCACUUUCGAAAAAAGGAAGAUCCGUGGAAUUCAAUUAUCAGCGGUUUUGCAACUGGCGGCAUAUUGGCAGCAAGAAAUGGUGUUCCUGCCAUGGCGGGUAGUGCAAUAAUUGGCGGCGUGUUGUUAGCUUUAAUUGAAGGUGUUGGUAUACUCUUCACCAGACUAUCAGCCGAACAAUUCCGAAAUCCGUUACCGCCUUCCGAAGAUCCCAGUGCACUAGGAGACCCAUCGAAACCGUUUGGGUUCGGUCAACCGCAUUCAAAUCAGGGCCAGUAUCAAUAAAAACAUAUUUAAGUUUAAAUAAAUAUAUAUUAAAAAUUAUCUGUAUAUAUUAUACUACUAAAAUAAGAUGAGUUUAACCAAAUUUCUAGUAAGCUAACAAAAUAUCGGUACAUUGAAAUAAAAUUGGUUGGAAUAAACAAAGAAUGCGAAAACUG